CGCCAGUUCAUCAGCGGGUUCACUGGUUCUGCGGGAGUGGCUGUCGUUACCUCUGAUUCUGCAGCACUGUCUACGGAUGGCCGCUACAUAAUUCAGGCUACGAAGCAACUGGACAGCAACUGGACUCUGCUCAACUCUGCCCUCCCAGACGUACCGACUUGGCAGGAUUGGUCCGCCGAAAAAUCCGCUGGUGGCAAAAAUGUCGCCGUAGAUGCCUCGCUCAUUGCCUCGUCUACAGCGAAGAAACUUCUUGAGAAGAUCCACAAGUGCGGAGGCGCUGAUUUGAUCCCCAUGGAGGAAAACCUCGUUGACAUUGUCUGGGGUGACAACCGCCCUUCUCGCCCGCGCGAAACUGUCACAAAUCUUUCGGAUACCUUUUCUGGGAAGUCGGUCUACCGAAAGCUACAGGAUUUACGACGGGAGCUGGAGAAAAGGAACUCCAUAGGCUUUGUCAUCUCCAUGCUUGAUGAAAUCGCCUGGCUGUUCAACCUCCGUGGCAGCGAUGUCCCGUACAACCCGGUAUUUUUCUCAUACGCCAUCGUUACUCUCGAAUCCGUAACACUCUACAUCGAUGAAACCAAGCUCGACGGAGCUGCAAAGGCCCAUCUAGCCCAGAACAACAUUCGUAUCAGGCCGUACAGUUCUAUCUUGGAUGAUGCACUCCAGCUCCAAGCUACGGCAAGCAGGCUGAGGCAAGGAGGGAAUGGUGCUGACAACCGUCUCUUAAUAUCUAAUAAGGGCUCUUGGGUGCUACAAAGGGCUCUUGGUGGAGAUGACAUGGUUGAUGAGAUUCGGAGCCCCAUCGGGGAUGCAAAGGCCAUCAAGAAUGAGGUGGAGCUCGAAGGCAUGAGAGCUUGCCACGUCCGCGAUGGUGCCGCUCUCAUCGAGUACUUUGCAUGGCUUGAAGAUCAGCUCAUUGCAAAGAAGGCUGUUUUAGACGAAGUCCAAGGUGACGACAAGCUAACGCAACUGAGAUCCAAGCACCACAAUUUUGUUUGUCUGUCAUUCCCUACAAUCUCAUCCAGUGGACCCAAUGCUGCCGUCAUCCACUAUAAACCUGUCCGUGGGAACUGCUCAGUGAUAGAUCCUGCGCAGAUCUAUCUUUGCGACUCUGGAGCCCAGUUUCUUGAUGGGACCACAGAUGUCACCCGCACCCUUCACUACGGCAAGCCAACAGACCAAGAAAGAGAAGCAUAUACCCUGGUAUUGAAAGGGAAUAUUGCCCUUGAACUUGCUGUCUUCCCAAAGGGAACAACGGGUUACGCCCUGGACUGCCUUGCGCGACAGUAUCUCUGGAAAAAUGGACUGGAUUACCGCCAUGGCACAGGACAUGGCGUUGGUUCCUACCUGAAUGUCCAUGAGGGCCCUAUUGGUAUUGGAACGAGGGCACAGCACGCUGAAGUUGCACUUUCUCCCGGCAACGUCAUCUCCAAUGAACCCGGCUAUUACGUGGAGAACGGCUUCGGAAUUCGUAUUGAGAACAUCAUCUUGGUUAACCGGAGGGAGACAAAGUAUGCCUUUGGUGACCAACCAUUCCUUGGGUUCGAGAACGUCACCAUGGUUCCUUACUGCCGAAAUCUGAUUGACAUCAACCUCCUGACAAAUGACGAGAAGAAGUGGAUCAAUAGUUAUCACGCGCAAGUUCUGGAGAGGACAAAGAAUUACUUCUUGGACGACCCGCUGACGCUAUCGUGGCUUCAGCGGGAGACCCAGCCUCUUGAAUAA